AUGGAUUUAUUAUCAGAUUGGGGUAUGAUAGAUUCUAUAAAACAAGAAAUUGGAUGGCUAAGUUUUGACUGUAUUUUAAACAAAUCUAUACAUUUUUCGAAUAAUAUUAAUGAUUUACUUAGUAGUAUGAAUCUCCCUGAUGAUAUAUUAGUUUCAAGUACGUUUCCUGUUACAAGGAAAAGCAGAAAAAAGAGAAUGUAUGAUGAAAUAUGCGAAGAUGAAUCACCAGAAUUACCACUAGACAAGUUUAGAGUAGAUACAUAUCAAACAAUAGUUGACCAGAUAACUAUAAGUUUAAAUGAACGUUUUACUGACAACAAUAAAUUGAUAGCAGAUGUUCAGUACUUAUUACCUAAAAAUUUUAAACUAAUUGAACAAAUGCCAAAUACUGCAUUAAAACAUUUGGAAAAUUUAGCAAAUUUAGAACACAUACAACUUGGUUUAGAACUUAAAAACUUAUCUAAAGUUUAUCCAAAGAUAAACAUGUCUACAAUAGAUAAAACUAAACAAAUAUACCAUCAGCUUGAUACUGAAUCAGAUGAAAAUACAGAUGACAAUGAAGAGAAUAUGUAUGAGAAUACAGCAUUUCCUUGUAAGUAA